UUCUCUUGACAGCAGCAAGUUUGCCUUUGUUUAAACUUGUGUAUUUCAGAUGCUUGGCCUAAGUAUUCCGCUUCUUUACCAUGUGGACAGGAAAUAAGUUGUCAGUGACUACAAAUAAGACAUUUUUGACAUGGAAACUAGGUUUUAUGAAAAACAUAAGACUGUACUGAUGUAAAGAAAGUAAAUAAAUGAAGACAUGUCAUUUAACAGCAGAAGAAACUUCGGGAAACCAUCUUACUACUAUAGGCUGCUUGGAAGGUCACGACUUCAGAGACAUCACAGUAGAUCUAGAAGUCGCAGCAGAGUACCAAAAGGGGAGUCACCACCCGAGCGGCCUGGCAGGAGACGAAGUAUGCCUGGCAGUGCUUCAGAGAAAAGCACCACAAUGGAGUCAGCUGCUGCAACUCCUUUCCGUGUAACGGGGUUCCUCACUCGCCGACUGAAGGGUUCCAUCAAAAGGACAAAGAGUCAAUCCAAGCUAGAUAGGAACAGCAGUUUCCGGCACAUUUUACCUGGGUUCAAGAGUACAGACAAUGAAAGAUACUACACUAAGAAGAACUCAAGUCAACAUAUGAACAUAGACAACCAUCAAGGCAGAACCAAUACAGAAAUAUAAAAGAAACUACAACAAGAAGACAUACCAAAAGCUUUAAAACUAUGAAGACAUACCAAAAGCUUUACAACUAUAUCUACUAAUAUAAUUAUUUCCUAACAUUUCCUGAAAAAUUAAAAAAUAACAUGUAUUUAAAUUAAAACAAAA